AUGUCUACCAACGGCGCAAACGACGCUCCCGCCCCCGCCUCUACCCAACCCGAUCCCACCCAUAGUGCAUACUACUGGGCAUUGAUUGAAGAGCUCGAAAGAGUUCAUGAUGACAAUGACGCUUCGAUCAGUGCAAUUGUCAAUCACCAACGUCACGAUGAUGACUUUGUUGCGCUUUUGAAUGCGAACCCUCGUAUGAAGUGGUGCUUCGACAAUCAAGCAGCCAUUCUCAAAUUGCAUUCCUCAAGCACACCGACCCCGGUAUUCCGGGUCUGGUGUGAUAUCUGUCGUCGAUACUUCAAGCAUUGCAUGUUUUCAAAGAAGGAGCGCAAGGGCUGGGGUGGCUCUACUAGCUGUCGGUGGUGCCAAGCUGAUGUCGGUAUCUCGACCGACAAUCAGCAAUUCGAGGUUGAUCAACAUGUUCACUGCAAUCGAGGUGGGAAGAAAGAAUGUGGCACUUUCCCUCCCCAGAGCCUUGAAGUCCCGCCAAAUCGUCGAACUGUCAACGAGAGCAGAAUUGGAGAAAUUGCGGCUCCGGAGGUCCAAUUCACCAUCAAGAAAAAGAUGUCGCAGAAGGAGCGUAAGGCUAGGGAACGUAAGCAGCGGGAGGAUAUGGGCAUUUAA